CAGGCGCGAGGUACUGUGGGUAGGAGACGGCCGUCGACCGAGGCGCCAUUUUGUGAGGCGGCCGUAUCCUGUUGGAUAUUCUGGGGCGCAAAACCGCUACUUCUGCCACUUUGGUCUCUCCUGGGGAAAAAGACAAAAUUUGAAUAUUUUGGGACAGUGUGCUACAUCUUCAGUAGGACAAUGGGUUCAGACAAACGAGUGAGUAGAACAGAGCGUAGUGGAAGAUACGGUUCCAUCAUAGACAGGGAUGACCGGGAUGAACGUGAAUCCAGAAGCAGGCGGAGGGACUCAGAUUACAAAAGAUCUAGUGAUGAUCGGAGGGGCGACAGAUAUGACGACUACCGAGACUAUGACAGCCCAGAGAGAGAACGUGAAAGAAGGAAUAGUGACCGAUCCGAAGACGGCUACCAUUCAGAUGGUGACUAUGGCGAGCAUGACUACAGACAUGAUAUCAGUGAUGAGAGGGAGAGUAAGACCAUCAUGCUGCGAGGCCUUCCCAUCACCAUCACGGAGAGCGAUAUUCGAGAAAUGAUGGAGUCCUUCGAAGGCCCACAGCCUGCGGACGUGAGGUUGAUGAAGAGGAAAACAGGUGUAAGCCGUGGUUUCGCCUUCGUGGAGUUUUAUCACUUGCAAGAUGCUACCAGCUGGAUGGAAGCCAAUCAGAAAAAGUUGGUGAUUCAAGGAAAGCACAUUGCGAUGCAUUAUAGCAAUCCCAGACCUAAGUUUGAAGAUUGGCUUUGUAACAAGUGCUGCCUUAACAAUUUCAGGAAAAGACUAAAAUGCUUCCGAUGUGGAGCGGACAAGUUUGACUCUGAACAGGAAGUGCCCCCUGGAACCACAGAAUCUGUUCAGUCUGUGGAUUACUACUGUGAUACAAUCAUCCUUCGAAACAUAGCCCCGCACACUGUGGUGGAUUCCAUCAUGACAGCACUGUCACCCUACGCGUCGUUAGCUGUCAAUAACAUUCGCCUCAUAAAAGACAAACAAACCCAGCAGAACAGAGGCUUCGCAUUUGUGCAGCUGUCUUCUGCAAUGGAUGCCUCUCAACUGCUUCAGAUACUGCAGAGUCUCCAUCCGCCUUUGAAAAUUGACGGCAAAACUAUUGGGGUUGAUUUUGCAAAAAGUGCCAGAAAAGACUUGGUGCUGCCAGAUGGUAACCGGGUCAGCGCCUUCUCUGUGGCUAGUACGGCCAUUGCUGCUGCUCAGUGGUCAUCCACCCAGUCUCAGAGUGGCGAAGGAGGCGCUGUUGACUACGGUUACCUGCAGCCAGGCCAGGACGGCUACGCCCAGUAUGCUCAGUACUCACAGGAUUACCAACAGUUUUAUCAGCAGCAAGCUGGAGGAUUGGAAUCUGAUGCAUCAUCUGCAUCAGGCACAGCAGUGACCACCACCUCAUCGGCCGUAGUGUCCCAGAGUCCCCAGCUGUACAAUCAGACCUCCAAUCCACCCAGCUCUCCGACUGAGGAAGCACAGCCUAGCACUAGCACAAGUACACAGGCCCCAGCCGCUUCCCCCACUGGUGUAGUUCCUGGUACCAAAUAUGCAGUACCUGACACAUCUACCUACCAGUAUGACGAGUCUUCAGGAUAUUACUACGAUCCAACAACAGGGCUGUACUAUGACCCCAACUCACAGUACUACUACAAUUCCUUGACCCAGCAGUACCUUUACUGGGAUGGAGAGAAGGAGACGUAUGUGCCAGCUGCGGACUCCAGCUCCCAUCAGCAGACAGGUCUACCUCCUGCAAAAGAGGGGAAGGAAAAGAAGGAGAAACCCAAGAGCAAAACAGCCCAGCAGAUCGCCAAAGACAUGGAACGCUGGGCUAAGAGUUUAAACAAGCAGAAAGAAAAUUUUAAAAACAGCUUUCAACCUGUUAAUUCCUUGAGGGAAGAAGAAAGGAGAGAGUCUGCUGCAGCAGAUGCUGGCUUUGCUCUGUUUGAGAAAAAGGGAGCCUUGGCCGAAAGGCAGCAGCUCAUCCCAGAACUGGUGCGGAAUGGAGACGAGGAGAAUCCUCUCAAGAGGGGUCUGGUUGCUGCUUACAGUGGUGACAGUGACAAUGAAGAGGAGCUGGUGGAGAGACUCGAGAGCGAGGAGGAGAAGCUAGCCGACUGGAAGAAGAUGGCCUGCCUGCUCUGCCGGCGCCAGUUCCCCAACAGAGACGCCCUGGUCAGGCACCAGCAGCUCUCAGACCUUCACAAGCAAAACAUGGAUAUCUACCGACGAUCCCGGCUGAGUGAGCAGGAGCUGGAAGCCUUGGAGCUGAGGGAGAGAGAGAUGAAAUACCGAGAUCGAGCCGCAGAAAGGCGGGAGAAGUAUGGCAUUCCGGAACCUCCAGAGCCCAAGCGCAAAAAGCAGUUUGAUGCUGGCACUGUGAAUUACGAGCAGCCCACCAAAGACGGCAUUGACCACAGUAACAUUGGCAACAAGAUGCUGCAGGCCAUGGGUUGGCGGGAAGGCUCCGGUUUGGGACGGAAGUGUCAAGGCAUCACAGCCCCCAUCGAGGCUCAAGUCCGGCUAAAAGGAGCUGGCCUGGGAGCCAAAGGCAGCGCAUACGGACUGUCGGGUGCAGAUUCCUACAAAGAUGCUGUCCGGAAGGCCAUGUUUGCUCGGUUCACUGAGAUGGAGUGAGGCUCAGAGAGAGAGGGAGGGAGGGAAAGAUGACAAGGAGCUCCUCGGAGCACAAGGAGUGGUCCAUCUCCUGAAUUCAGUCUUAACACCUGUCUCUUUAAGGGCAUGCCUUGUGCUGUUAAUAGUUUUUAGGGCGAACCACUCCAUUCUACAAGGUUCUCCCACUUAAUAGGAGUUCUCCUUAUAUGGACUGUCUGGUGAAUGGCCUUCCUUCCUGCCAGAGUGCUUGUGAGCUGGCCAAGGGGACAGUGGGUCUUUUAUACUUCAGUGUACAUAGUGUAAUGUAGUGUGUUUUACGUGUGUAGCCCAUGUCAUGGUCUGUCAGCCCCUCACACUCCUAGGGGGUGUUGAGAUGCCCUAGGUGGUAUGUGACACCAAAGCCGCCUCUGUCAUUUGUUGUGCUGUCUUUUCUUGGCAAAAGCCUUAUGUAUAUUUGUAUAUUACACAUUUGUACAGAAUUUUGGAAGAUUUUCAGUCUAGUUGCCAAAUCUGGCUCCUUUACAAAAGAAAUACCUUGAAAAAUGA